CACCAGUGGCACAAACUGGGAGAGAGCGGACAGGGAGCCCGCUGCUGCCACCUCAACAUGGAGUAGCGAGAUCCCAGCAUUUACUGCUAAGAAGCAGAUCCCACAGAGAGGAAUACGCGACGGCCUCUGUUUGAUUCAUCCGCCGAAGUGCCCGCAAAUGAUACAGCGGCAGUUAUUUUUUGUUGACGCAAAGGAAAGAUCGGCUUUUAUUUGAAAGAUGGCGAACGACUCUCCAGCUAAAAGUCUAGUAGACAUAGACUUGGCUUCAUUGCGGGAUCCAGCUGGGAUAUUUGAAUUGGUGGAGGUGGUUGGAAAUGGCACCUAUGGACAAGUAUACAAGGGACGUCAUGUCAAGACCGGACAGCUGGCUGCCAUCAAAGUCAUGGACGUCACAGAGGAUGAAGAGGAGGAAAUUAAACUGGAGAUCAAUAUGCUGAAGAAAUAUUCCCACCACCGAAACAUAGCCACCUACUACGGUGCUUUCAUUAAAAAGAGCCCCCCGGGACACGAUGACCAGCUGUGGUUGGUGAUGGAGUUCUGUGGAGCUGGUUCAAUCACAGACCUGGUUAAGAACACCAAGGGGAACCAGCUGAAGGAAGACUGGAUUGCCUACAUCUCCAGAGAGAUCCUCAGGGGUCUGGCCCAUCUACAUGCCCACCACGUUAUCCACCGUGACAUCAAGGGCCAGAACGUCCUGCUGACCGAGAAUGCUGAAGUCAAACUAGUCGACUUUGGCGUUAGCGCUCAGCUGGAUCGAACAGUGGGGAGGCGAAACACCUUCAUCGGGACGCCUUACUGGAUGGCUCCUGAGGUCAUAGCUUGUGACGAGAACCCGGACGCCACGUACGAUUACAGAAGUGACCUGUGGUCUUGUGGUAUCACAGCUAUUGAAAUGGCUGAAGGAGCACCACCGCUUUGUGACAUGCACCCAAUGCGUGCACUCUUCCUCAUUCCAAGAAACCCUCCUCCCAGGCUCAAGUCUAAAAAAUGGUCCAAAAAGUUUUUUAGUUUCAUUGAGAGCUGCCUGGUGAAGAACUACACUCAGCGGCCCCCGACGGAGCAGCUGCUGAAGCACCCCUUCAUCCGAGACCAGCCCAACGAGAGGCAAGUCCGCAUUCAGCUCAAAGACCACAUCGACCGGACCAAGAAGAAGAGGGGAGAGAAGGAUGAGACAGAGUAUGAGUACAGCGGCAGCGAGGAGGAGGAAGAGGAUCCCCCAGAGCAGGAGGGGGAACCCAGCUCCAUCGUCAAUGUGCCGGGUGAGUCGACUCUGCGCCGCGACUUCAUCCGCCUGCAGCAGGAGAACAAGGAGCGAUCCGAGGCGCUCCGUCGCCAGCAGCUCCUCCAGGAGCAACAGCUGCGGGAGCAGGAGGAGUACAAGCGCCAACUACUGGCCGAGAGGCAGAAACGCAUUGAGCAACAGAAGGAGCAGAGGAGGCGGCUGGAGGAGCAACAACGACGCGAACGGGAGAUGAGGAGGCAACAGGAGCGCGAGCAACGUCGUCGCGAGCAAGAGGAGAAGAGGCGCAUUGAGGAGAUGGAUCGUCGACGUAAAGAAGAGGAGGAGCGCCGGCGGGCCGACGACGAGAAGAGAAGGAACGAUCGCGAACAGGAGUACAUCAGGCGUCAGCUGGAGGAGGAGCAGAGACACCUGGAGAUGCUGCAGGAGCAGCUGCUCCGUGAACAGGCCAUGCUGCUGGAGUUCAAGUGGCGAGAGCUCGAGGAGCAGCGCAAGGCUGAGCGACUCCAUAAGCGCCUGCAGCAGGAGCAGGCCUACCUGCUGUCGCUGCAGCACGAAUCCAAACAGCAACCUGGCGACAGGACCAAACCCCCCUCAGACCAUAGCAAACCUCCGCAGACCUCCACCCUGCCCCCUGACAGACUCCUCAACACAACCCCUCAGGCUCAGGUCCUUGACAGUGCUGCUUCUGUAGCAAGAGGCGCUUAUGAGUCCUCCAGAGCCCUUCAGGCAGUCCCCUCGGAUAGCGCCAAAUCCCAGGCAGCGGCGCCACAGAAGACUGACUCUGAUGAGACAUGUCCCAGCCAGGUCUCAAACUCCCCCGACCCCCCUCAGACUGAACCCCCCACUGACUUUGAACCUCCCCAGGCAGAAAGUUUGAAGCCCGACGGGCCCACAGAGCCUGUCAGUCAUCCUCCUCAGCCUAUCAGAGAGGCCGACGAGCGGUACCGUAAAAACAUUCAGGGCUCCCCUCAGGCCGCCCCUCUUCCCAAGCAGCCCCCUCUUCCUCCCCGCUCCUCUGAACCGUUCUCCAAUGGCGGCCCCUCCUCCGAAGCCUCCGCCAUGCACCGUCCCAUGGAGCCUCAGGUCCAGUGGUCUCACCUGGCUGCUCUAAAAAGCAGCAACAGCGCCGCCCCCUCUCCUCCUCCUCCGCCCGUGGUCUCUCGCUCCCAGUCCUUCAGCGAGCCCGGCGGCGUGACCUCUAGCUUUGCACAACUCCACCUGCGUUCCCAGGACCCCCACCAUCAUCACCACCACCACCACCCAUCGCCCGCACGCACUGACCCCCAGCCCCAACCUCCCCUCCACCACCCUCAGGCCCAACACCAGGCCAGCAACGAGGAGGUACCUCCUAAGGUCCCAGUCAGGACAACAUCCAGGUCUCCAGUGCUGUCGCGCCGAGAGUCCCCUCUGCCAUCUCAGCCCGGCAACCAGGGCGGACAGAGGAGCGCUAGCGGUAACGUGGAGCAGCGCCCCCUGUGGGACCGAGUGGAGAAACUGCAGCCUCGGCCAGGCAGCGGCAGCUCUUCCGGCUCCUCCAACUCUGGCUCCCAGGCCAGUCCCGCUGACCGCUUCAGGCCACGCUGUGAGUCCCCCGCUUCUUCCAAAUCCGAAGGUUCUCCUCUCCUGCGGCCUGAAAAUGUUCCCAAAAAACAAGAUGAAAAGAACGUCGCCCGGCCUACUCGACCAGCUUGUGAUGCGGAUCUGACUGCUCUGGCCAAGGAGCUUCGUGCCGUAGAUGACGUGAGGCCCCCCCACAAGGUCACCGACUACUCAUCCUCAAGCGAGGAGUCGGGCACCACCGACGAGGAGGACGACGAGGAGGUGGACCAGGAGGCGGGAGAGGAGUCCACCUCCGGAGCCGAGGACUCCAGGGCCGGAUAUUCCCAUGGCUUCCGCAGGAGGCUGAGUAACGGGGAGACCGAGUCUGCUAAGACCAUGCCGGUGGAGGACUCUGAGAGCGACCAAGCCACUACGCCUUCCAAGGACGGGACGCUGGUCAUCAGACAGAGCACCGUUGACAUAAAGCGGUCGGUCAAUCUCUCAUCUUCAUCCUCCUCUUCCUCGGCCGGCCCCGGUUACGGCCACGGCCAGCCCCAACCCCCCGGCCACGGCCUCCCAGAGAAAAACGGCUUCGCAGGCCGCAUACACCACCUACCAGACCUUAUCCAGCAGAGCCAUCACUCCCCUUCCUCCUCCACAUCCAUCGCUUCCUCCUCCUCUUCCUCCUCUUCCUCUUCCUCCUUCCCCUCAUCAUCUAGCCACGCCAGUCCCGCCAUGUCCCCACAGAACCCCCCGGACAAGUUCACUGCCAUCGAGUCCCAGUCGGAGAGCAACUCCAUGUCCAAACACAAGUCUUCCUCCUCCUUCACUCCCUUCAUCGACCCUCGCCUUCUCCAGAUCUCUCCGUCCAGCGGCAGCUCCCUCAACAACAUGGCGGGAUUCGGGCAGGACGGACGGAUGGCGGACCCCCUGAGGUCCGACCCAUCUCGCAAAGGCUCGGUGGUCAACGUCAACCCGGUGAACACGCGUCCGCCGAGCGACACGCCCGAGAUUCGCAAGUACAAGAAGAGGUUCAACUCUGAGAUCUUAUGUGCUGCACUCUGGGGAGUGAACCUGCUGGUGGGGACGGAGAGCGGCCUGAUGCUGCUGGACCGAAGCGGUCAGGGGAAGGUCUACCCCCUGAUCAACAGACGACGCAUCCAGCAGAUGGAUGUCCUGGAGGGUCUCAACGUCCUGGUCACCAUAUCGGGUAAAAAGAACAAGCUUCGAGUGUAUUACUUAUCGUGGUUGAGAAACAAGAUUUUGCACAACGACCCCGAGGUGGAGAAGAAGCAGGGUUGGGUCAACGUGGGCGACCUGGAGGGCUGCGUCCACUACAAAGUCGUGAAGUACGAAAGGAUCAAGUUCUUGGUGCUGGCCUUGAAGAACGCUGUGGAGGUGUACGCCUGGGCACCCAAACCCUACCACAAGUUCAUGGCCUUUAAGUCUUUCGGUGACUUGGUGCACAAGCCUCUGCUGGUUGACCUGACGGUGGAGGAAGGACAGAGGUUAAAGGUCAUCUACGGCUCUUGCUCGGGCUUCCACGCCGUGGAUGUGGACUCCGGUGCCGUUUACGACAUCUACUUACCCACGCACAUCCAGACCAGCAUUCAGUGCCACGCCAUCAUCAUCCUGCCCAACACCGACGGCAUCGAGCUGCUGGUGUGUUACGAGGACGAGGGCGUCUACGUCAACACCUACGGGCGCAUCACCAAGGAUGUGGUGCUGCAGUGGGGAGAAAUGCCAACUUCAGUGGCCUACAUUAGGUCAAACCAGAUCAUGGGCUGGGGCGAGAAGGCCAUAGAGAUCCGCUCGGUGGAGACGGGCCACCUGGAUGGCGUCUUUAUGCACAAGAGGGCUCAGAGACUCAAGUUCCUUUGUGAGAGGAAUGAUAAGGUCUUCUUUGCCUCCGUGCGCCCCGGAGGUGCCAGCCAGGUGUAUUUCAUGACCCUGGGGCGCACUUCCCUCAUGAGCUGGUAGUCAAGCCACACCAGCCAAUGCGACGACACCAGACCCGAGCGGAGACCACCAGACGACGACUGCGACUAUAACCGACGACGAUGAAGAAGAGUACAGCCUCGAGCCUAAGCCGGAGAAUCAUCUCGACGGAGGGGAGCGGCGGCCUUUCCACCCGCUCGGGCAAACAAACGGAUUGGACUGUAAUCAUGAAAAGAAGCGAGGGGCGAGCGUGUGUUUUGUGGGCGCCGGGGAGGUAAAUUUUGUUCGUGUGCAAACUAUAUAUUACGACGGGAAGAGAAACUCCCCAGACCCCAGGUUUUUCUCAAACCCACCUCCCCCCCGCAGCCCAACCUUCUGAGCCGAUCCCGUCCUCCUCUUUCUCUGCAGGACGUGCGAUCCGUUGCCUGUCGACGGUAAAUCUUUAUGUGUCAUAGUAAAUCUUUGCAUCGUGUACGUGUCGAAAGGAGGAAACGCCGAGCAUGCGAACGACGGGACGACAGGACGCUCAAACGCGGCCUUUUGCUGUAGAGGGCGAAAACCGUACGCGCCGUACCUCGAGCAUAGCCGUGUUUAGUCCCGGUCAGGUAAAAUUAAUUCCUAUUCCCGCCGCGGUAGAUUUUCACGUCAAGCAUGUCACGUAACACUAUUUCACAGCCACAGCUUUCCUACAGUAAUUUACGGCUUGACAUGUAAAUCUGCCUCUCGUCUUCACUUUUUUUGCCUUCUCCUCCUUGAAGUGAAGAUUUUUUUAAGGGACCUUCUUGAUAUAUCCAUUCAAGACAGGGUACCGGAUAUCACUUUGUACAUACUGGCUACAUCGACCUCGUGGGCUUCAGACUCUCCCGGGUUUUACAGACACUUUGUUACCGCAUUGCCUCGCGUACUGUAGGUUACGUCGGACAGAAGUAGCCCCGUUUAUGACAGCACGUCGCUUUGGUGUCAUCGACACAAUUAGCCCCCCGUUUUUCAUACACUGUAUAUUUUGUAUGUGACUUGCUGCACAUAAAUAAAGAGUAAGGAUGUAGGACACAGCGAUAGUGAGUUUUAAAGGAAAAAUCCACCCAUUACAGCAUCCAUCGCAGUUUCCCUUAUCUAUUUCAGUCGCUCAUUUUCACACGGGCUCCGCAGAUUCCGUCGUUCCGCUGGAAACGUAACAGCACCACCACCGAGACCACACAAAUGUACCCAGGAACGCGAGAUACGGUACCAAAAGGUGGUUUUGGUUUUGCCAGAUGGAUUUUUCCUUUAACGUCAGUCAUAAGUAGGGCUAGGAUAAACUGUGAAUUAGACACGCAGGAUUAGCAGGUGGCCAUUACGGUAGCAUGGAGGCCAACGGGCGGAAGUAAGGGAAUGAAGUGCGCAUAGAGCCGGAGGGCCGAGAAGAAGCUUUGAGCAUCGCACUCCACACGAAAAGGGGUGCGCGUCGGUGCGGGAUUGCCCUCCGCGCCCUAUUUUACAUCCAGUCCAUCCAACUCUUUAUUUUGAACAAGACUUUAGCUUGAUGUUCAGCAAAACGGUUGCCUUAGAACGGUCUCCAGCUGAUUGACGCUGCUCAAAGUCCUCUGUAGGUCAAGUUAAAAGUGAAGAAUUUUGGAUUUUGCGUACUGUAGGAAGAAUCUGAUCCAGCCAUGUGAUUUAAUAUUGGACCUCUCUUUUUUUUUUUUCUUCUUCUUUUUUUGCCAUUUUAGGCUUCAGACAGGCAGUUAGUUUGUUUACUCAGUCCAGUCUGGAUUGAAGACACAAAUGCACGACAUGAACUGGAUCAUUGUUCUAUCCCAUGCCUUCGUUUUUACCUUCCUUCCUUUCCUCAUCCUCUCAAACCCAAACGAGGAGGCAAGACUCGCUUGUCGCUUUACGUUAGACCCAUUCAAAUGUAGAAUCCAUCCCGCGUCUGUAUGAAUUAGACUCGUCUCUUCGAGCCCGCUCACUCGGCAAGGGCGCCGCGUUCGCCGUCCAAGGUGUGAACCUGCCUGGAGCCGCAGAACACAGGACCGAGGUGCUUUCUCGCACCUGUGACGAGCAAAGAAGGCAAAAAGUCACAUGUUCUAAUAGCAGUGUUACAAAACCACUCGAGACUGCGUGAACUAAGCGGCAUAUUUUUUAACUCUGACUUAGUUUUUAGUCUUGUUUCUGCGAUUUUUAUUAUGUAACCCUUCAGAUAAGUAUGCAACUGCGGUGGUUUUUAAACCGCAGGGCACACCUUACGUUGAAAAUGUUUACAGAAGCAAUUGUUUUGUUAAACCAAUGUGCAUCGGUAUGAAUAUUUAUGGUUCAUUUUGAGGGCAGUUUUGUUUUUUUUUUGGUUUGGUUUUUUUUCUUCCCCGUUUUGUAUUUUGUAUUAUUCCCUUUUUGUACUAUCAUUUAGACGUUUGUGUACAGGAAUAAUGGAGUUUUGCUCACGUUAAGAAUUACACAAUCCCAGAGUGCGAUUUCACCGAUUCGUCUACAUCCUGCAUCGUGCACAGCGUGCUCCUGGCUGCGUGGCAGCGUGGAUCAGAUGUUUUCUACCACCCAGGUGCCAGGUGACAUGUUUCCCCUCAAACGUCUCUCUGCCACGCCUCUCUAAUUUAUGUCCUCUCUGUGUGUACUAUGGGAAUUAAUGUAUUUUCCUGAAGGUCUUUUUUUUUUCCAUUGAAUAAAAUCAGAAGUAAUUUACA